AUGAACAGCUGGAAUUAUACAACUGAGCCUGACUUCAUCCUGAUGGGCCUGACAGAUUCCAAGGAGGUCCAGCUGGUCCUCUCUGUGCUCUUUCUCCUGAUAUACCUGGUUACGGUGCUGGGGAACACAGGGAUGAUUCUCCUCAUUCAUCUAGAUGCCCAGCUUCACACCCCGAUGUACUUCUUUCUCACCCACCUGUCAUUCCUGGACCUCAGUUACUCAACUGUCAUCACACCUAAAACCUUAGAGAACCUGCUGACUUCCAGCAAGAGAAUUUCAUUUGUGGGCUGCUUCACCCAGCUGUACUUUUUUGUCCUCCUGGCAGCUGCUGAAUGUUUCCUUCUGUCCUCAAUGGCCUACGAUCGCUACGUAGCUAUCUGCAACCCUCUACACUACCCAGUUCUCAUGUCCACAAGACGCUGCCAUGCCCUCCUCACUGGAUCCUACAUGAUUGGGGCUAUGGAUUCCUCUGUCACUGUCUUUUGCUUAAGUACACUUUAUUUCUGCAACUCCAACAUCAUCCAUCACUUUUUUUGUGACACGUUUCCAAUUUUAGUCCUGUCCUGCAGUGACACGUACAAAGCUGAAGUCACCAUAUUCAUUUUAGCUGGUUCCACACUCCUGCUGUCCCUGAUCACAAUAUCCUCAUCCUAUGUGUCCAUUCUUUCUACCAUUUUGAAAAUCAAGUCCACUUCAGGAAAGCAAAAAGCCUUCUCCACGUGUGCCUCUCAUCUCCUGGGAGUCACCAUAUUUUAUGGCACUAUGAUAUUUACUUAUUUGAAACCAAGUAAGUCCUAUUCCUUGGGAAGGGAUCAAGUGGCUUCUGUGUUUUACACUAUUAUGAUCCCCAUGCUGAACCCACUCAUUUAUAGUCUCAGAAACAACGAAGUGAAAAGCGCUUUCAUUAGAGUUGCUAAAAAGAGAGAGGGCUCCAGAUGGUUACGAUGA